GCCGGAAGUGCAGGGCCAGUCUCGGUGUAGCCUGGGGCUCCGGGCCGGAUGUUGCCCUUUCCACCGUUCAUUUUAUUUUCAGCCCGGUCAGCAGACCCGCGGGUUUAACAUAUGAGCGUUUCACUGGUCGCCAUACGUCUGGAGCUGGCGAAGCACUCGCACCGUCCCGAGGGCUUCGACUACAGCGCUCUCAGCAUGGCGGAUGAUGAGAGUAAAGAGAAGAGAUCGCUCAGUUCGGCAAAGCGCUUGCUGGACGGUAAAACAACUGGGGAAAAAUCCACCAUCUUGCAUCAACAUAUUGGCCGUCGAGAGAUGAGAGACAUGGUCAUUGAAACCAUCACCUCCAGCAAAGACAAAGAUGCUGUGGAAUCUGAACUGAAGCCUGAUCAAAUGACGACAAAUGGUACUGACCUUGUGGAGAAAGGAAGCGUCAUUGAUCCAAAUGACAACAGUAAAUUGUGCAAGGAUCAGAGUGGGAAUGCUCCAGACUCUCCAUCGAAACAGCUGCCUGACCAAAUUUCAUUUUUUAGUGGAAAUUCAUCAGUUGAAGUAGUACAUGGAAUCAUGCACCUGUACAAAACUGACAAGAUGACUUCCCUAAAAGAAGACGUGAGGCGCAGUGCCAUGUUGUGUAUCCUAACUGUUCCAGCCACCAUGACCAGCCAUGAUCUUAUGAGGUUUGUUGCACCAUUUGAUGAUUCGAUUGAGCACAUGAAAAUAAUAAGAGAUUCCACCCCAAACCAGUAUAUGGUUCUUGUUAAAUUUUGUUCCCAGGCAGAAGCAGACAGUUUUUACACGGCCUGUAAUGGUCGGCAAUUCAAUUCUAUCGAGGAGGAUGUAUGUCAGCUGGUGUAUGUGGAAAGGGCUGAAGUGAUCAAAUCUGAGGAUGGAGCAAGUCUUCCUGUAAUGGGGGUUACUGAGCUACCGCCGUGCAUCGUGUGCUUGGAAAGAAUGGACGAGUCUGUAAAUGGGGUUCUGACAAUACUCUGUAAUCACAGCUUUCACAGUCAUUGCUUGCAACACUGGGAAGACACAACGUGUCCAGUUUGCAGGUACUGUCAGACUCCAGAGCCGGUUGAAGAAAAUAAAUGCUUUGAAUGUGGAGUUCAAGAGAAUCUGUGGAUUUGUUUGAUAUGCGGACACAUUGGAUGUGGUCGAUAUGUCAGUCGUCAUGCAUAUAAGCAUUUUGAAGAGACACAACAUACAUAUGCCAUGCAGCUCACCAAUCACAGAGUCUGGGACUACGCAGGAGAUAAUUAUGUUCAUCGCUUGGUGGCCAGUAAAACAGAUGGAAAAAUUGUACAGUAUGAAUGCGAGGGUGACACAUGUCAGGAUGAGAAAAUUGAUGCUCUUCAACUAGAAUAUUCAUACCUCCUGACCAGUCAGUUGGAAUCUCAACGAAUCUACUGGGAAAACAAGAUAGUCCAUUUGGAAAAGGAUGCAGCAGAGGAGAUCAACAACAUGAAAACAAAAUUCAAAGAAACCAUUGAAAAAUGUGACAGUUUGGAACAGAAACUGAAUGAACUCAUAAAAGACAAACAAGCUCUCGAAAGAAAGUGUUCUCAGCUGAACAACAGAGUUUUGAAAUUGGGCACAGAACUGAAAGAAGAGCAAGAAAUGAACAAGUACUUGCGAACUAAUCAGAUCCAGCUGCAAACCAAGCUGAAAGAAGAGGAGAAGAAGUUGAAGGACACCUGUGAUGAGAAAGACCGGCAGAUUACAGAGGUGCAGGAACAAUUGCGAGAUGUCAUGUUUUACCUGGAGGCUCGGCAGAAAAUCAACGAAAUGCCAGCAGAUACAAGGCAGGAGAUCCAGGAGGGGCAGAUAAAUAUCGCUGUGGCAUCUGCUGCACCAUCACCUGGAGCCAUAACCAAACAGACCUCCAGGAGAGGAAGAGGCAAAAGAAACAAAUAGUUGGGCUUUCUCAUAUUUGAAAGGGGAAGGAAAAAAAAAAGCAAAAAAAAAAAAAAAAAAAGCCUCUUUGGAGGUGUGUGUAUAUUUGCUUAUUUUCAAUGCUGACAUCCAUAUGUGUUAUUGUUGAUUCAAAAUUUAAGAAUUGCCAGUUUUUAUGGCAGUCAGCCUAUAUUCUGCACUGCAGAAAAAAAAUAUUUAAUACAGCAUUAUUGAUUUGUAUUUGCUGGUAUUAGAGCUUAAGUGUAUAAAGCUGUAUAAUUGAUACUUUAUUAAUCCAUUCAACCCACUCAUAGAAUGAAUAAUUCACAAUAGUUUACUACUCAUUAACAUUAAAUCUAUCGGCCUGCCUACUUUCCAAUGUGAAAUGUACAACAUUCUCAUAUCUUGCAUAUUUGUAACUUGGGCCUUUUGGCUUAUAGGCUGUAUGGUUUAAGUAGGAGCAGCAAUAUAGUUGACACUAAACUUGUUAAGUUCUGCACACCCAAACAAAACAAAAUCCAAGUGUUUCUGCAUUACCUUUUUUUGUGGAUUGGGAAUUUUAACGGGUCAUCUUGAAUCUCACCACAAUUAGCAUGUUGUUCAUUUUGUAAUAUAGCACUUGACAAAUGUCUAACUGAAAUUAACCUGGUAUAUUUAAAUUUAAGACCAAUUGAGAAAUGUAACUACAAUUUAAAUGAUCUGUGGAAUGCCUCUAAGAUGGACAAUGGUAAUAAUUAAAUGUAUUGCAUUUAAUGUGCUGCAAUUUGCCUGCAAGUAAGUAAUGUUAGCAAAUGGGCAAAGAGUGGUGAUUUUUUUUUAGCAUUGGAUUUCCUGUGAAAGGAACAAAUGUACAUUUCUGCAUAAAUCAAGUACACUGGCUAUUGCAUUUAAUUCAAUGAAUAGACCUAUCAAGUUAACAUCUAAAAUGUUAUUCUAAGGAAAGCUGACAGCCAUUUUAAAUGCGUAUUGAUGUUUGCAGCAAGGCUUUGUGACAGGAAAGACACUUCUCUUCAUGAAACCCAUAAUGACACCAAAUAAAUUAAAUAUUCCAGUAACAAAGAUGCCUGUCAUUCACGAUUGAUAUAUCGAAGAAUACCUGGUGCUGCUUUACUUAUCAGAGGCUUUUACAAUUUAUUUGCAAAAGAGCGCUCCCAUCAUUUCUAUCCUGAAGCAGCAAUCUAACGGGAAAGCCAUUGAUUUGUGAGAGAUUUUGUUUUAGUUCACCUGAUUUUGUUCUUGUUGACUGGAAUGUAUCUUUAUGUAUCUUUUGUUUGAGUUGAAGUUCUGAGCAGAACCUAUAACAAACUAUGAAGGGAUAGAAACUUGGUAAAUCAGCAAACCAUCUCAGUUGCUUAAGUUACUUCCAUUCUGUGGUUGGGUCAGCAGUAAAUGUAUUUUAGUAAGACAUUUAGAACACUUGUAAGGCUGGAGACAUGCGAAUGUGUAGUGGCUGUUAACAAUCAAAUUUAGAAAGUGAUUAUUAAUAUAUUAUGAUACUUACACAGAGUUGAAGAAACUGAAUUCAUAUACUUUUUUUUGAAUGAACCUUAACUCUUGUUAUUAGCAUCCUUCAGUUAAUGAAGUAUUCUAAAAGAUGUAACUUUACUUCCAUUGUUUGCUGUGUAAAUAUUAUAGUGAUUAAAUAUAAUGUAUGAUGUGUUUGCCGUAGAUUGGUAGAUGUGUGAAUUGCUAAGCGUGAAAAUUGAAGCAAUUUUUCAAAAAAAAGCUAAAAUCUUUGGGAACAUUCACCCAAUUCUCAUAAUAUAAAUGUGUAGGAAAGAAUUGCAGAUGCUGGUUUAAAUCAAAGGUACACAAAAAUGCUGGAGUAAUUCAGCGGGACAUGCAGCAUCUCUGCAGUUUGAAGAAAGGUCUCGACCCGAAAUGUCACCCAUUCCGUCUCUCCAGAGUAACUCCAGCAUUUUGUGUCUACCAUCACAUAAGGUAGUUUUCAAAAAUAUUUUUUUAGAUGUUUGUGACAAAUCUCUGAAGAAAACACAAAUGUAAAUAAUGUACAGCCAAACCAUGUUACUACUUAAUGGAGGUAUAAAUAUAACCAUUUUGUAAAUAACAUUUUAUGCACUCAGUUUUUAGGUGAGGCCAGUUGAAUCUUGAAGUGCAAAAUUAUAUAUUUGGUGUGAAACUUUAAGCAAGAUCAGUGUAUUUUAAUUCUACACCAUUUGGUCCUUUCCACCUAAUUUCAGUAAAGUGAGUAAUAAUGCUGUGAAUUAGGCAGACAGACAUGACUAUUCAGAAUGAACCAAACUAGAUUUCUGUUUGUGGAUAUUGUUGCUGGCUUUGUUGCAGAUCUAGUUCUGAAUAACUUGUAGGAUUGUUUUAACAGAAUAAAAAUUGUUCCACAGCAAA